ACGAAUUCGUACUAGUUUUCAUUGUUAUCUAUAUCUCUCUAAUAUGGAAGUUACGUCAUUCUGUGGGCGUUGGGGUGUGCUGGUCAUGCUGGUUUUUCUUUUUCAAAAUGUUAUCACGUUGCUUUUAUUUCACACGUUUCCUUUGGUGAAUAAUUUUCCCGGGAAGUUCUGAACGGCCCAGGGCUGUUUGACCGUAAAUGGAAACGUUCUAUCAACGCGACUAGAGGUCUCAAGUACAACCUUGGUUUACAACUCCAUCCUUGACACAAACUGUUUUGACUGUUAGUCUUUCACUUGCACUUAUACCACACAGAAUCUUUGAAAAAAUCUGCCAAAUAACCCUGACACGAUCUGUUUGAAUAAAAACCCUUUGGCGAGUGAGACCAGAUCACCAGACAACGAGCGAGCGUGAACAUUUUUAUUUCUUCCCUUUUUAAAAUGUAAUGGUUGAAUUAAAUAGAAAAGAAAAAAAGGAGAGACCCCUGGUGUGUUGUCAAAUACGUGACUCUGCUGUGUAGUGCUCGUUGCCAACGAAAAUAGCACGGCAGCCCUUGGUUAGUUACCGUCUUUGUUUGUGAACCAAAGGCUCUAGUGUGUUGGGGGUGUUGUUGGCCAUCAGUCGCGCUGUCGUGCAAGUGGACGGCAGUGCAGAUGGAUUUUUAGUUUUUAUUGUUUUUCGACUUGUUUUGACUAAACAAAAUGGUGCGAGUUGCAUGGCAAUCCGAGACCGACGUUUCGUCUUCGUUAAUUCCCAUCAAUCCCAGCAGCGAUCUUAGUCCAACAGAAAGUGUUGAGUUGUUAUUCAAUACUUGGGAGUUGACUGCUGUGACACUCCCGGGUUAUUUGGUCUGCUUGGUUUUUCCAUCUAGUGCCUAUUUAAUCGUCUCUUUCUACAGACUCUUUUUGGGCACCCUUUAUCCGGCGUACUCCAGCUACAAAGCCAUCCGGAACAAAGAUGUCGAUGAAUACGUCAAAUGGAUGAUGUACUGGGUGGUUUUUGCAUUAUUCACGACUGCCGAAACGAUCACGGACGUUUUCUUGGGUUUCUGGUUUCCUUUUUACUACGAAAUAAAGAUCAUCGUGGUUUUAUGGCUCCUAUCUCCGGCAACUGAAGGUUCCAGUAUCCUGUACCGCAAGUUCGUCCACCCCGUCCUAGUCAAGAGGGAAAAGGAAAUCGACGAAUACCUUCUCCGAGCCAAAGAGGAAAGCUACAAAACGGUUUUAGAGCUGGGAACCAAAGGCGUUCAGUAUGCCUCUCGGGUCAUAAUGCAGACGGCCAUCAAUGGAGGCGGAGGAUUGAUGAAUACGCUCCGCAAAAGCUACAGCGUCGGCGAUGUUUCCAACGAUAUCAAUAUAGUCAAUCGGCGUCGAGUUGGAGGAGGAGCUGUUUUACAAGAACUAGAUGAAACUGAUCGAGCUAGAACUAAGAAUCAUCUUCAGUCGCAAGCCGAUCCUGUACCCAGUCUAGAUGAAUCGGAUACCGAGGAAUUCGACGACUUGUGCGACGAAAUGAUGGAAAUCGCAGAAGAGCAACAAGACAUUGCUAUGAGGCCGCCGGUUCAGAAAGCACCCCGUUCCCGUGUAACACGAGAGGUCUACUUCACUGAAAUCGAUAGCGGUAGUAGUGUACCUCGUCGCGGUGGGGAUGAAGCCGAGCGUUAUAUUGGAGAGAUACGCUCCGUGGAGGAUGUCAGCUCGGGUUAUUCGAGUACAGAAUUCUUGCCCACUGAUACGGUUUCUGGCACCAUAGAAGCCGUCAUCCGUCGAGCUGGAUCUGUCCGUAGCAGCUCUCGAUCGAGACCUGUCACCAUGGUAGAUACCCACACCAAAACAACCCGAAGCGGUCGCGGGAGUGGAUCUGAUAUGGGGGCAGUCGCCGUCAAAAGCGACAGGCCGAGGGUUGUCACUAAAAGAAGAGCUCCUCCUCCACCUGUGCUCUUCGUUCAAUCUGGGGAAGGUUCCUUCAUACGCUACUCUUCCUCGCUCAGUGAAGAAAACAACAGUCAAACCAAAGUGAACGCACUCAACAUGAUCCCGCGCUUCUAACUGAAUCAAGUACACAGCGACAAGCACUAGUGUCACUUUAACAUAAUAGCUCUCUUUAUCUCUCUCUCUCUUUCUUUCGCAUCUUAUUUUUAGUAGAUUUCUUUUGAAUUUGUAACUCGAAUUUAUUUAAACUCCUGCACACAUUUAGUUGAGUUGAAGAUGGAUCUCUCGCUAAAACACUAACUCAUCGGGUAUUAUUUUUUUCAAAAAUUUUCAAAGUCUUCCUCGGUAUAUUUUUUGAGGCGAAAUAUUUUUUUCUUGUUUUGUUUUUGAUAAAAAAGAAAUGCUCUUAAAACUCUGUGAUGGGAAAAAAAUCUUACUAGGUAAAGAAAGGGAAUGUUGUGCCGACACUUUCUGCCAUAAGCUUUCGUGUUUUCUCCUUUCUAGCGUCACACAAGUCGCCACCUCUUUUGUGUCGAAACUUCAAUGUUUUAAAAUACAGUCUUAUUAUUAUUA